GUGGCUCCUAAAACAUUUUACAGUCCCGUGCCCCCUUCUUUCCAUGUUUGUGACGGCCGGCUCGCCCUCGUUGUCAGGGUGGAUCACUAACAGCCGCUGCCACGCCCCCUCGUCCCGCGCACAUAUUCCACCUUCAGUCUAUUUAGAUUGACGUAGAAAAGUCUAAUGUCCCCAGCAAUACCCACGGGCCAGGUGCAGCGAUAGACCCAAAGCAGCAGCAUAAUUAAAACAAAACAGUAGUAUUUAAAAGUCACUGUUACUUAUUUCUUUUUUUUAGGUGCCAUUGCCCCAGAGCUAAAUGAUGAGGUGACAGCCACCUGCCAGACCCAGCCAUUUGGUCUGCUGUGUGAUGAAUCAACAACACUUCAGAAAGAGAAGGAGCUCGUUAUUUUGGCUCGUCUAUAUGAUGAAGAUAGUCUUGAGGUGGUCACUAAAUUUAUUGAUUUGCCAGUCUGCAAUGUUGGAACAGCAGACAGCAUUUUUGAGAAGCUGGCAACCUCUUUAACGUAAGUUUAUUGCCGAUUUAGAUAACAUCAGAUUCAUCUUUAUUGUCACUGAAAGUUACAAGUUCAGCAAGGGAAUGAUGUUUAAUGCACUUAAGGCUCAGUUCAAUUUCCUCCUAUGUUCAAUUUCAUCCUAUGUUUUCAACAAAUGCAUUUGUCUAAUGACAGAACCAGAGGAAUAACAUGGGAUAACCUGGUGGCCUUCAACUCGGAUAACUGCAAUGUUAUGAAGGGAAGGCACAAUUCAGUUAUCACAAAAUUGAAAGCAAAGCAGCCUCACAUCCAGGAUGUGGGCUGUGUUUGCCACCUCGCCCAACUUGCCACAGGCUGCGGCAUCAAGGCCAUGAAGGCCCCAGUGGAACAGUUGUUGGUCGGGGUAUACUCCCACUUUGAUAAAAGCGCAAAGAGAAAUGAACUCUACAAGGAGUUUGUGGAGUUCACCGACACAGACAAACUGAAGCUAUUAAGAUACUGUUCAACAAGAUGGCUCAGCCUCCACACGUGCAUUCUGAGAAUGUUAAAUCAGUGGCCUGCUCUUCAGGCCUACUUUAACAGCUACGAGGACGAGACUAGUGUUAAAGUUAGGGAUCUGGCAGGCUACCUCAAUGAUCCUGAGAUUAAGUUUGAUUUUCUUUUUCUGAGUGCUGCUCUCAAGCCAUUGGUUGCGUUCAACACUGCCUUCCAGGGAGAGGGGGUGCUGAUACACAAACUCCACAACGAGAUGACUAGACUGGUGAAGAGGUAUUUGGGCUACAUUCUCCCAGCCAGAGCCAUAGAGAAUAUCCCAGUCAGAGAGGUGUCACUCGGUCAGGAACACCAGCUGAAAAAUGAAGAUCUUUUCAUUGGAGCUGAGGCCAGAGCAUUCCUCGAGAAAGAGGAACUACCAUCGGUCACAAUGACCAAAAUCUAUCAGACAGUCAGGGACUUCUACGUGGAAGCCAUAAGGAAGAUGCUCAAGGCCUUCCCCCUUGAUUCUCCUUUGCUUCAAGACCUGGACGUGCUGGACCCAGCCUCUCGCCUAGACCUCUCUCCUGAAACAGGUUGACUUUCUUGUUUUAUCAUUUGCCUAACAUUCAAAUGAUAAUGUUUUUGUACAAAAAAGUAUUGAGCACUGUCAGACUUUAAGUCACCUAACUGAGCAAAGAUUUGUACAAUAAUUAAGUACAUUAAGCAUUUUGUAAGAAAUCCUUCUAAUAGGAUGUUUGAAAAUGUGUUAGUGUCAAGGCUAGGGUGCUUGUUUCCUCAACUGGGACUUGAUCCUGAUCAGCUGAGAGAGGAACUGACAGACUACCAGGUUGCAGACAGCAAGGAGUUACCUCAGGAACAGAGAGUGGACAGAUUCUGGGGCCUUGUAGGGAAAGACAAGCGCUUCAGUCAGCUGGCUAGACUGAUGAAGGCAUUACUGUGCAUCCCACACAGCAAUGCCUCCUCAGAGAGGACUUUUAGUAUGGUUAAGAAAAUUGUAACAGAAAAUCGUACUAGUUUAAAUAACAGCACUUUGUGUGCUCUUUUAUCAUGUAAAAUCAACUUCACUAAGCCUGCCUCGAAGUACACCCCAUCAAAAAAAACACUUAGGGCAGCCAAGUCAGCCACCUACAUAUAUAACACUAAACAGUCGUUUUAAGACCUCUGCAAUGUACAUUAAC